GUGCCUGCGAUACCCUGGGGUGUGUUACCUGGCCAGGGCCAGAUUCCUCCGGAGCUACACUCACUCCCUUUGGGGGAAAAUAAUAAUUCUACAAUGACAUCAAUCUGGCAUUGAGUUAAUUUUUUUUCAUUAUAGUUUGCACUAAAUAUUAAUAAGGCUCUUGUGCUCUACGUGACAAGGACGGGUUACCUCAGAGAGAGGCUUCCCAGCAGCGGGCUGCAUCUCCCCGGUCUAUUCCCUGGAGAACCAACAGAGACACCCUAAUCAUGUCUGACCCCGAGGACCAGCCGAGCACUGGAGUCUUGGGUCGAAUUGGCAGUUGGUUAUCGCCAUGGAGGGGAAAUUCUCCAAAGUCCCUGGAUGGGAAUAGCGUCUCGGCUUUUGAUUUCACUCAGAGCACAGAAGGAGAAGACCAGAGUGAGGACUCGGUGAGAAUCCGAGCAGAGGAGCGACAGUGGCAGGAGGGGCAUACUAGUUCACUUGGCAUCUCUAAAGAGUUUCUCCCUUGUGAAGAGAAGGACGCCACGCAGUCUGCCCACAGAGACGGCUCAGUUGUGUGCAGCACUGAGACAGGAGAGGGCGGUCCAAAGGGGGAGGAGCUUGCAGAGAGGUGGAAGGAGAGAACAGGGCAGGGCAAAGAGACAGCGGAGAACAGCAGCACUCCUUCAGCAAGUGGGAAUCCUGAGAGGAAUGUCAGUUAUUUGACUCAGCCCUCAUCUUCGUCUAAACAGGGAGUGGCGUGGGACUUUGACCAGGCCCACGCCCGGCCACACGCACUGAGACAAGCACAGGCUCAGACAGGUAGGAGGCUCCACGUGUACCUCGAGGAGACUAGUGUGAUUCAGUCUGGCCAGGACACCAGUGCUGGAAAGGAAGUCGUUUGCAGAACAGUCAAAAGGAGUUUAAACGUCCUCCGGAAGUCAAAGUCGUCAUCGAGUUUUGAUCUAGCUACCAGCUUGAGCCCAACGAAUGCUGAGAAAAAUGUGAGGCCGGCUUCUGAGGCACAAAGCUAUUAUAGUGUUCUAGGGGGAGUGUCGCUCAAGACGCACAAAGACUCGUGGUUAGAGACUAAGAGUGAGCAAACAGAGGCAGACGACAUGGGACGUAAAAACAACAGCAGAAGGAGAAUCAGAAAGAAUUCCCAAGGAGAUGUAGUCAAAAGCCCCUCAGAAAAAAAGCCCAGAGACGCUCAACCUGCAGAUGGAUUGCCUCCAGCCAGUAGCUCUGCAGACAGUCCGCAGGACAAAUGUCCAAACACUCAACAGAAAGAAGCAUCCAAAGACUCCUCCCUUGAGCCAGGCUCCUCCUUACAGCUCUCACCUGAAGGAGGAGAAAGCAAGAUUUCGCCCCCAGAUAUGGUCAAGCAGUUGGACGGGUUCCAGGGCUCAAUCUCAGUUUGUGCAGCCAGCCAGUCGGGCACAACAGACGUGGGAGCAAUCAUGGACGAGGAUGAGAGCCAUUACAAAGUACAGAGGAAGACCGAGACGCCAGAAUCCAAACGCAGAAGUAUUAAGGUUUCCAAAAGUGAAGUGAAGUUUUUUCCAAAAAGUGUUCCUCUCGAACCAAAACAAAACAUGACAGGGGAUUUCAGCAAUAAGUUAAAGGAUAUCACUGAAGAAGAAAAGCCCAAAGCAGAGACUGAUGCAAGCGCCCCUGACUCAAAGAAGUUUGCCGAGGAGCCCAAACCUAAUGCUGGCCGGAUUGCAGAUAAAAUAAGCCUGUUUGAACAGAAAAGACGAGAUGGUGGUUUCAAAAAGACCGUCCAGACCCCGAGAAGUGCAGAUGUCUCCCCCACCACACCUGUCACAGACAGGUUUAAAGCCCGCUUACUUUCGUCUGAGCAGAGGUCAAAAUCCGCUGAACGUUACGGCAGCCUGAAGCCCGGCAUUGCACCAGCUGACAGUGAGAAACCAAUGACCAUCAAGGAGAGAAUGAGAAAAUUUGCAGAAGCAUCAGAUUCCCAAGCAAAACCAGUGCAGCCUCCAACACAACAUUUAAAGGAAACGUCUCAAAAUUCCCACUCGUCUGUGGCGGUUCAGGUAUCAAAGUCAUCAAAACUGGACAUUCAGGAUAAACUUGAUAACAAAGAGCCAAUGCAUACAGAGACAAAGUCAGAGAUAACAUCAAAACCAGAUGGACAGGAUAUUUCGGCUGGAUGGGUACAGACACCCACUCAGGAACUGCAGGGAACGGACUCCAAAAUUAAUGACACAGAAAAAAAGGAUGUAGAUAAAGUCACACAUUCAAGCACUAUUGAGAAAGAAGAUUUAGGAGAUUCUGCAGAUCCUACCAAUGAUACAGCACCACAGUCCAAGACUCCGAGCAGAAUAGGCCCCCGGUCUAAAAGAAGGAGAAAUAAAGAAGCAGCUAGUCCUGUCGGCCCUAGUGCACCAACAAAAACAGACAUUACUGAUAUAAAACAAGAUGAGGAGGGAAAUACAGAAGAGAUGUCCUCUACCCCCAAACAACUUCCAAAAACAACAGCAUUAUCAUCUCCAAAAUUCCAGGGAGGCACUUCAGGAAUACGGCCUUCGAAUGAAACCAAAUCAGAUGAAUUUAAAAAUGAAAAAUCAGAGGGAGCUGCUGAAUCACCUGUCAACAAAGAUGAACCUGAUACUGCUGUCUGUAGCAGUGAAACAAAAGCGACUAUUGACAAGGAGUCCAGCAUGUUAUCCAAACAGGAGGAAAAUACAGAGGAACAGAGUCUUACUUUUACAACAGACAGACCAAACCCCUCAGAGGGCAGGAGUGAAAAUUUAGCAUCCUUCCCAUUACCAGCUCCAUUAGCUAAGCCGCAUCUUGAGAUGCCACCUGCAGCAAAUACGGAGUCGACUGCUGAACAGCCCAAAUUAGAUAAAGAACUAUCAGUGCAGCUCGAAUCAACAAGUAAGCAGGAAGGAAGCACCCCGGCUAAAGAUGAAGCAGAAAAAACCCAACUUCCUGCAAGCACAGACACAGCGCUAAUCUGUCAAGCUGAGAAUGAAGAUGUGGAGAAAUUAGAAAUAAUGAACAGUGGGAAUCUACAUCAUACUGAGGAGAGAGACAUAGAAACAACCCAGCAGCUUCUGCCUUCAGACAAAUCCCCCACAAAGGAUAAUUCAGGCAGUAGGCAAAGUUUCUCAGAGAAACAGCAGAGUGCUGAGGAAUCAAAACCACCAGAAACAACCUGUCAAAUGUCAGAAAAUACCAUAGGAUCAUCAGCCCUCCCUGUUGAAACACAAAAACCCGGUGAAGCGUCGGCUGUACCUCCAGAGAAAGCAGCUAUUUGUUCAAUCACCCAGACUAAUGAGGCUGUGAGUGCAACAGAGAGUGCAACAGAGAGUGAUAAAGACCCUCAGAAGGCACAGACAGCCACAGAUGUGCCUCCCGAGUCACAAGCAGAACCCACAGAAAGCACAGGAAUACAAAGUGAGCUAGUGGCGAGAGGGGCCAAGGCCGAUUCUGUGUCCGUGGAAAAAUCAGAGAAUUCACUUGAUGACUCAUGUACACAUGGAACUAAUGAUGCUGGGCUCUCCGAGUCAGAUCCUAUUACUGAAGCCGCUACACCAGACGAGGGAGCGACUGCAAGAGGCACUAAUGACACUGUUGUGGUGGUGCAUGCUCAGGUUGAUGUGACAUGCAAGGAAAAGACAGAUUUAGCUGCUGAAGAGUUACCUUGUAUUUUCGACAGCGAAUCUACCAUAAGCAAAGGUCUCAGGGAGGGUGACAGGGAUAAACACACCCCUGUGCCAUCAGUGCAAGAAAACUUAAAAGAAAUCAGGCAGCCAGCUCUUAGCCCCGCAUGGUCUGAGGAAUCAACAAGCCAAGAGACUAAGAUUAAUGUCUCUCCACUCAAGGAUGCGGAGAAAAUAACUCAGAGCCCACCUGUUACCAGCACACUUCACUUAACAGGUAAAGAAACGGAGAAGGCAGCGGAGAAAGGAGUCACUCUCCCAGCUAUUAAUCUUUUGCCUGUUGCUAAUGGUGAUAUCUCCUCACCUUCACAACUCCACAAAGUCUUAGACAAGCAAGCAAACGAGCCGUUGAGUCAAACUUCAACGGCUCCUCUACCCCCAGAGGCUAACAGGCGAAACCCAGACCCAGUUCACCAUUCAUCCUUGAGGAAACUCAAGUUGCCCAAGGAGCUGCAGAAAGACAAUUCCUCCCAACAGCAAGACACGCCGUCCAGCUGGCUGGAUGUAGAUGUUCCCAAGCGCAGGCUGAAAGUCCUGGAGGCAAAACUGACCUCCUCUGGAAGUGAAAGCAACCUGUUGGACACUUCUGGCGAGCUAGAUGAUGACGAUUUUGUUGAAAAAAUUAGGAAACUCUGCGCCCCAUUCUCCCUCCCACCCCGUAAGCACAACCACCUUCGAACCCCCCAGCCUCCCUUUGCGAUGCCAGCCAUUAAGGAAGAUCGCUUUGAGAAGACGUUUGACCCCGAGGAGUUCACGUUUGGCUUGAGGAAGAAGACGCAGUUAAGUUUAGAAAACACUCCGAGCCUUUUAGCCAAGCUCCAGAGCACAGAGACAAAAUCGGGCCUGAUGCCCGCCAGGGUGAGCUUUGCUGACAGGAGCAUACUGUGUGGUGGCCUCAGGGAAAAGGACACUGGGAAAGGUGAGGACGAGGGGAAGGAAGACAAAGAGGAUAAAAAAAAAGUGAAGUCUCGCUUUGAGACGAGCUCUGUCCUCAGCAGUCUCACCUCCUCUCUCAUCAGAGGCAAGAGAGAUGGAGACCAGUCUCAGGCUGAAGGCACCAGCUCAGGCAACGGGUUGCCUAGCGAAACCUCCCAGCUCAGCCCUCUAACUUCCCCCCAGCUGGCCCCUCCAAGCCCAAAAGCCCCAGCUGCAGUCAAACACACAGCAGCCAAACAGAAUGGAGAGGAAACCCGUGCUGUAGAGACUGUGGUCAAUGACUCAGGUCCUCCACUUCCUGCUUUUAACGACAUCAAGCUGCCUGACUAUUUACAGAAGUACCUCCCACAGGAUCAAGCAAAAGCUGUGCCUGAAUCACAAGGACCGGACCAAGUCAAACCAGAGCCUACAGGGAAAAUGGCAUCUCUGCUUCCGGGAGCUAAGGUGGAGGGGGUCGCGAAACCAGGUCUGGUGCUUCCUGAUUCUGCAGCAGCAAGAGUUCCUGGGAUUCUUCCAACCACACACCCUAAACCUGUACCCAAGGAUCCUCUGACCCAACCACAUGUGGCAUUCAGAAAUACCGUAAGAGCUGUCAAGGGAUUUCAUAGACGCCCUGGAAAGAUGGUGCUGUUUGAAAAGGCUCAGUUCAGUGGCCAAGCCUAUGAGAUUUACAGGGAUCUGGCAGAUGCUUCGUCUCUGGAGCUCUCGCCCCUCAUAUCUGUGAAGGUUGUGAGGGGAUGCUGGAUUCUCUACGAGAAGCCUGACUUUCAGGGUCGCACCAUCGCCUUGGAAGAGGGGGCACUAGAUUUGGAAAAUGUGUGGGCAGAGCGUGGUGCACAAACAGAACCACAGAACAUUGUCAUUGGCUCCAUUCGACUCGCUGUCCAGGAUUACAGCCUCCCUCAUAUCGAUCUGUUUACUGAACCAGAGGGCCGGGGAAGAGUGACACCUUACCAAGAUGACACUAUAGAAACUGGCUCAUUUGGCAUCCCACUGAAUACCGCUUCCAUCCAAGUGCACUCUGGAGUGUGGCUGGUGUUCAGCGAUCCGGGAUUCGAAGGCAUGGUAGGUGUGCUGGAAAAGGGAGCGUAUCCUGUUCCUGAGUCAUGGGGAUUUUCUUCACCGUUUGUGGGCUCUCUUAGACCACUUAAAAUGGGUGGGUUCAAAGUGGAGAAUCCCAACGAAGUUAAGGCUGUGGUGUACGAAAAGCCCGGCUUUGAGGGCUCCUGCUUGGAAAUCGACACUGAUGUUUUGAGCUUUUGUGAGACAGAAGGAGGCAUAACUGCAGAUGGAGCAGUCCUUGAUACAGGGGCAAUCAAAUCUGUGGGAUCUUUAAAGAUCAUUGGAGGAUUCUGGGUGGGUUACAACCAGCCCGGUUUUGAGGGUCAGCAGCACAUCCUGGAGGAAGGGGAGUAUCUGGACUGCAGCGAAUGGGGAGGCUCUGAGCUUCUGUCGUUACGGCCAAUAAUAUCCGAUUUUCUGUCUCCACACCUGAAAUUGUUCAGUGACACAAACUUUGGCAAGCUUGGAGUGAAUGUGGACCUCACUGUGCCUGUUGUUAACAUGGAAGAGACCGGCUACGGCAUGAAGACGCAGUCUGUUGAUGUGAUCAGUGGAGUCUGGGUUGUGUUUGAAGAACCAGACUUCUGUGGCGAGCCCUACAUCCUGGAGAAAGGCCUGUAUGGGAGCCCGGAGGACUGGGGCGCGCUCAAGCCCAAAGUUGGCUCGACUAUGCCUGUCGUGCUGGACAAUUUUGAAAACACUGCCAAGUUCAAGGUGCAGCUUUUCUCUGAUCCCGGUUUCCAGGGCUCUGUCCUCGUCCUGGAGGACAAUGCAAGCUGCCUACAGGAGGGUUUCUCAGUGGCUUCCUGCAAGGUCUUGGCGGGGAGCUGGCUGGCAUUUGAGGAGCAGAACUUUACAGGGAAGAUGUAUGUGUUAGAGGAAGGAAGCUACCCAGAUCUGAGAGCGAUGGGCUGUGUCGGCGGGAGCUCAUCCAUCCUGUCGCUGCAGACUACCGGCUUUGAGUUUUCAUUGCCAUCCAUCACUCUGUUCGAGCGCUGCGGUUUGCGGGGGAAGAGGGUGCUUCUCACAGAAGGAUCAGUCAACCUUCAGCGGGCUGAAGGGUGUGGCCGAGUCCAGUCAGUGCUGGUGGAAGGAGGCAUAUGGAUAUUAUACGAGGGAAUCAACUAUCGAGGUGCCCAGAUUCUGCUGAAACCUGGCAGGGUUCCUGACUGGCAGAAGUUCACCAGCUGGCAGAAAAUUGGAUCUCUCCGCCCUCUUCUACAGAAGCAAGUAUACUUCCGUUUAAGAAACCGGCAGACGAGGCAAAUGAUGACAGUGACCGGUGAUUUGGAUGAUGUUAAACUGCUGCGGAUACAAGAAACUGAAGAGACAGAUGGCGUGGAGCAGAUAUGGUCCUACCAGAAUGGGCAUUUACACUGCAAGCUCUUGGAGGAAUGCUGCCUGAGUCCAAGUGGCAGUGUCAUAAUUGCUGGAACCCGAGUGGGUCUCACACCAGAGCUCAACAAGCAAAUCCCCCUCUGGAGUAUCACCCCUGAGGGCUUCAUUCGCUACAGCCCCACCUCUGAUCUUAUCCUGGAAGUCAAAGGUGGAGCCCUCUACGAUAAAAACGUAGUGAUUCUCAACACGCUGAUCCCAAAUAAACUACAGCAGAGGUGGGAUGUGGAGAUCAUUUAAACGGCUGCUCUCAGAUUCCCCCCCCCCCCCGUCCCCAUUAUUCAGGAGAACUUGUGGAAGCCACAAGGAUGAUGCUUCAAGAGCUGCGCGGCCUUUCGAAGAAGAGGUCAAACUGAAGAGUUAAUUUUCUGAGAAUGUAUUAUCAACCUUUUGAGCAUAUAAACAGUGAGGACCUGGAAAUACUUUUAAUUUUCAACCUACAUUAAAGUUCCUCUUAGGUUUGUGUAUAUUUUAUUUACCAUUGGAUAAAUCUGCUUGUAUCUGAUAAGUUAAACAGUGUUACCACUUCUUGUUGUUUUUUUAAGUAACUGCAUGUCGCAGUGUACUGCCUUACGUUCCAGCUGCACAGAGAACAAGCAAUAAUACAAAAGUGUACUUGUCUUUUUUUUGUUUUACCAGAACUAUUAAAACUAUUUUUGUCAAUAAAUUUCUUAAAUGCGUUGUA